UUCAGUAAAAUGUCUCCGGAGACAGGGACAGGUGUGAGCGGGAUUUAGUCCUGGAAUAAGCUGAUAAGAAGGACAUUGGAGGGACCGGCGGGACAGGCACCAUGCUGCACGGACUCUCCAGGAUCAUCCGGGGCGGCGCUGCCGUCUGCCGCCACACCACCGGGGUACAGAGCGAUCGCCAAUUCUCUGCCGCCCACCGACCACGGGACUACUCCCUGCCCAACCCCACCUGGACCCCCGACACCAAGAGGCUGUACGAGGAGCUGAGCCGAGACCGGAGCUGGAGGGUACUUCCCUCCUACAACACCACUGUCCACCACCGAGAUGGUAUGUGUCCGGAGUCAGAGAGGAAAACUCGUCUCUUCACCAGGAACCUUGACCAGGACGGAGUCGGCUUUGAGUAUUGCAUGUUUUAUAACGAGGCGGAGAAGAGGACGCUCUGCAUAUUCCAGCCCGGGCCCUAUCUGGAGGGCCCCCCAGGGUACACACACGGAGGUUGCAUCGCCACCAUCAUAGACGCCACCGUGGGGACCGGAGCCGUGUACACCCACGGACCGGCUAUGACGGCCAACCUGAACAUCAACUACCGGAAUCCGAUUCCUCUGGGAUCUACAGUCCUCAUAGACAGCCGAGUGGAGAAGGUAGACGGCCGCAAAGUCUACACCAGCUGCCAGGUCCGCAGUCAUGACGACGCCGUGCUUCACAACGAGGCCACCGGUUUGUUCAUAAAGGUGACCCCGGGAGAACCUGAAGCCAAACUCUAAAUAAUUUUACAUUUCUGACAUCCGGAAGUAUCCUCUAUUACUUGGCAGCUCCACUUUGUACUGUAGUGUGUCCUGUCUGCCACUAGUGGGCGGCAGAUCCUGUACUGUAGAAGAGAUGUUCUAAAGGCCAACUCCAGGUACUGUAGACCAGUUCUUGUCACAGGGG